GAAACUCCGAAACGGUGUCGUUUUGGUCAAAACGACGUUGUGCUUGCAGGUAUUAAUGGGUGGCUGACGUCUACCAUCUGGGGAGGCAGAGAACGACAAUGAGCCUCCGACGAAGACUCUCCACGAGCUUGCCCCAACUUCUUGGAUUCACAAACAGGUCCUUCAAAUCUCUGAAAUUUCCCCAACAGUCCCUUCAUUGCUUCAACUCUUCCAGUGAAUCCAGUCUCGCCCAUGGAAUCCACGUCUUUCAUUGCCCAGAUGGAGUCGGAAUCGUCGCCAAACUCUCCGAUUGCAUCGCUUCCAGAGGCGGAAACAUACUGGGGGCUGAUAUUUUCGUGCCUGAAAACAAAAAAGUUUUUUAUUCAAGAAGUGAGUUUAUUUUUGACCCUGCGAAGUGGCCACGAGCGCAAAUGGAUGAGGACUUCCUAAAACUAUCAAAUAUGUUCAAUGCAAUGAAAUCUGUUGUUCGGGUGCCUAUUCUUGACCCCAAAUAUAAGAUUUCUGUUCUUGCAUCAAAACAGGACCAUUGUUUGGUCGAUCUUUUACAUGGAUGGCAGGAUGGAAGGCUUCCAAUAGAUAUAACUUGUGUAAUAAGUAAUCAUGAUAGAGGUCCAAACACCCAUGUGUUCCGCUUUCUUGAAAGGCAUGGAAUCCCGUAUCAUUAUUUGCAUACAACUAAAGAGAAUAAAAGGGAAGGGGAGAUUUUGGAUUUGGUUCAGGACACAGAUUUCCUAGUACUUGCUAGAUACAUGCAGAUAUUAUCUGGAAAUUUUUUGAAGAGUUAUGGGAAGGAUAUUAUUAACAUUCAUCAUGGUCUUUUGCCAUCAUUCAAGGGUGGGAAUCCUUCUAAGCAGGCCUUUGAUGCUGGAGUCAAAUUGAUUGGUGCAACAAGCCACUUUGUAACUGAAGAACUUGACGCUGGGCCAAUUAUUGGACAAAUGGUUGAGAGAGUUUGCCAUAGAGAUAACUUGAAGAGUUUUGUGCAGAAAUCAGAGAACCUAGAGAAGCAAUGCCUUGCUAAGGCCAUAAAAUCAUAUUGUGAGUUGCGGGUGCUACCUUAUGAGGAUAACAAAACUGUUGUGUUUUGAGGGGAAAUUGGGUGAAAAAAGAGCACUUUGAAAGAAAGGGAGUGCAAUUUUGUAAAUUUCUUACAAUGCUUCAUUGAAGAUAUUCUAUUUUAAUAUAUCCUGCCAAUAAAUUAAGUGCAUAUAUCAGCAUUCAAAAUUUAGCAAGAAGACAUGACUUUCUUGGUCA